AUGCCGCCUUCGAAGUGGGAUGAGGAGGAGGACAGUGAUUCCCCUCCCGUUGUUGCCGCUCCCCGCCGCCGAUUCGACGAUGAGGAGGAAGACGAAGUUCUCGACUCUUGGGACGCCGCCGAAGACUCCGAGGUAGAGCGCGAGAAGGCCAAGAAGGCCGAAGAAGCCGAGGCCGCGAAAAAGGCCGCCGCUCUCGCCAACAAGAAGACCAAGGCCCAGCGGAUAGAAGAGCACCGCGAGCAGCGCCGUCUCGACGAAGCCAACUCCGACGACUUCGAUGCGGAUGAGACCGAGGCCGAGCGCCGCGAACGUUUGCGCCAACAGGAGCAGGACUCUGACCUUCAGCACGCGGCCGAUCUCUUCUCGGGCAUCGAUGUGAACCGCAACCGUGGUGCUCCCAAGGCUGUCGUCAUCACUGACUCUGCCGACCCUACCAACUCCAUUGAUCUCUCUGCGAUGCCCCUCUUCAAGCCUACGACCAAGGACCAGUUCGCCCGUCUGUCCGAUACCCUGAUCCCGCUGAUCACCCUCCACUCCAAGAAGCCGCAGUACUCUCUUUGGGCGCAGGAAUUCACCCGCCGACUCGUUAAGGAGCUGCCCAGUGCGGAGAUCAAGAAGAUGGCCAGUGCGCUUACUACGGCUGGUAACGAGAAGCAGCGCGAGGAGCGCGCUGCUGAUAAGGGUAACAAGAAGAGCAAGGCUGCUAAGACCAAGGUCUCGCUUGUUUCGAACCGGGAUAACCAAAUUGAUAACAAUGCCUAUGAUGGCGGUGAUGGUCUUGCUGAUGAUGACUUCAUGUAA